UGAGUCGCUAUGGAGACGCGCUCCAACGGGAGUGCUGUGUGGACGGCAUGAGGACCACGCCAUUGUCCUACACCUGUGAGCGGCGGGCGGAGUACAUCGGGGACGGAGACGCCUGCGUCCAAGCCUUCCUGUUCUGCUGCCGAGAGAUGGAGACCCAGCGGGCCGAAAGGAAGGAGGACGAGCUCAUACUGGCUCGCACUGACCAACUUAAGUACAAGGAAAGCGAUGAUAUCACUUCUCGCACCAAUUUCCCUGAAAGCUGGAUGUGGAUAGACCAGACCCUGCCGGCGUGUCCUCAGGACACGCCCUACUGUGACACC